CUCCGUGGAGGCUGUGGCUAUUGCCGUCACCCCAGAAUCUCCAACUGUACCUGUUGACACUGCCAAAAAGGAUAUCGUAUUCCUUCUGGAUGGUUCUGAUGGCACAAGGAAUGGCUUCCCUGCCAUGCGUGAUUUUGUUGAGAGAGUGGUGGAGAAACUCAAUGUGGGAGAAAACAAAGACCGUGUCUCUGUGGUCCAGUACAGCAGAGAUGCAGAGGUCCAUUUCUAUCUGAACACAUACAACACAAGAGAGGAUGUUAAGGAUUCGGUCAGAGGGCUGAGACACAGAGGAGGCAGACCCCUCAACACCGGGGCAGCCCUCCAGUACGUCAGGGACAACGUCUUUACAAACUCCUCGGGGAGUAGGCGCCUGCAGGGCGUUCCACAGAUGUUGAUCCUGCUAAAUGGUGGAAGGUCUUUUGACAAUGUAGAUACCCCAGCUGCUGCUCUCAAACAGCAGGGCACUAUUGUGAUUGGCAUUGGAACAAGGAGCUCUGACAGUCGAGAGCUGCAGAAGAUAUCGUAUGACCCUAGUUUUGCUCUGUUAGUGUCUGAGUUCACUGACCUCCCCGGUUGCGAGUGA